AUGACUGUAACUCGUACGAAGCGAUUCCAGCCUUGGCAGUACGUUUAUCAGGCGCAGAUUCAACAUGAAGAUCGUGAAAAAUACGCUGAGGAACGAAAUGUUCGCAACACGACUCCAGAACAAGAAGAUUUUAUUCGCCAAGGCGACGAAAACGCCCUUUUUGAAGCGCGAGUGGAGCAGAAAAGAGCCUCAAAAAACUCACUUUGGCCCAAAUUCGACGAUGAAGAAGGCGUCUGGAGAUACAACGCUGUUCCCGUUUUGCCUAAUUGGAAGCCUUUGCCGGGUAGAAUUGUGGACAACCAGGAGCGCUGGGCGCACGAAUCGGAAACGAUCUGCCCGUGGUAUCGCGAAAUGCUAGAAAAGUGGCUCCAAGAAAACACAUUCUUCACGAAAGAAGAAAAAUUCCAAGCCAAGUCUGUGAAAAAACUAUGUUCAGUGGGCUACCAAAAGAACACGAAAAAGACGCUUCUGAAGAUUAUGGCAAUGCCACUUAUGCAGCACGAAGGGGACAUUUUCAACGACGCUGUGCGGGUCGCUGCAUUGACGAUUGACAUUCGUUUCCACCAAGACGAGUUGUUCUACAGAAGACACAUGCCUUCGCGGGGCAUUUUCCGACACACGGUUCUUCUCUACAAACAAAGACAGUACGUUUUGGAACGAUUAAGGAACCAAAACUUCAAAUUAUAUUGCAAGACUCUUCAUCAUCUAAAUAUCGAGCAUCAUUCGAAACCAGUGUACAACAUGGUCUAUCAUAAAGCGAUCACAGAACGCGUGAUAGAUAUGAAGCUGCGAGUGAUGAACUACAUAGAACAAGAGUUUGUCCGGGAGAAUACUCUAAGACAGCGUCUUGCUGACCUCCAACUUCAAGGCGAACAAAUUUAUAGACGGGAUCAAGCUUGUUUUGAAGAAACGAAUGCGACAAUGGAUAAGUUGCUCGCAACGAAGGAAAAGAUCAACGCCCUGAUUCCAAUGAUAGAAGAGGAAUAUGCUAAAAUAGAAGUCCUGCUAGAUGAAGGAUCAAACCGAGAUCAGUUUUUAGAAAAGUACUUUCAACUAAAGAAGAGUGUUAUGUCCUUGAACGAAAGUCUCGAACACCCAGAUAUUAAUGCGACGUCUUUGGACGCUAUUUUAAGGGAUAAAGACAAAUCGCUCUCCCCGCAAGAAAUAAAAGCCGUAGUCGAAGAAUCCCUGGAAAGAGCAAAUCGAAUCCACGAAAACUGCCUUGAUACUGCGGAAUACAUUUCCACCAAAGUCUGA